UCUUUCUAAGCACAAAGAAGACCCGAUGCUUUUUCACACACGCACCUGUGCUCUCUUUCCUUCUCUGGUUUGGGCAACCGGGCCCAUGAUCAUCAAUGCUUUUCCAGCCAACUUGAGGAGGUUCACAGGUAGUGACAACGACCCUUCUUUCUGGCUUUGCCAAAGCUUCUGGUACAAGCUGUUUUUGCAAUGGCGGAGACCAUUCGGAAAUUGUGAUUGUUCCCAGUGAUCUCGUGAUUGAAUUUGCCAUGCAGCAAACGCCACAACAACGACCCAUGACCAAUGGCCAUGGCGGGCUCCGCCCCUCGUCACUAGCUCAUCCCACGCAUAACUUUCCACCCCCGUACCGUUCGCCCCCAAAUCCUCUACCUCCACAACCAACAUCCAAAACAGCCUACAGUAAAUUUAAUGUGAGUGAGCCUAACAUCAAUGGCCCUCCUUCAGGGAUCUUCACUGGCUCACCGGUGGGAUAUCGCCAUACCAUGACGUUGGAUCACUCACAUCAAGUGCAACAUGGUCUCAAGAAUAUGCUGACAAGUUCGGGAGCACCACCCAAACAUGCCACUCUUGAUUCGAAUGGACAAACUUACGCCCUGCAGCAAUUGCGGAGUAAUGGAUUGGGUUCCGGCUCAGAUCCCCAACAACAAAGACUUCAGACUCUCCAGAAUCGGCUGCCUUUGCCUGGAGAUACCUAUGUGAGCCCUGAUAAUCUUCGUGAUACAGCUAACCGGAUGUUUUCCCGUAAUCAGCAAGAACGAUCGUCCUUUGGAGGAAACCCCAUGAUGACGCAAGCUCCCUCCGGACAAUCGAAAGCCACGAAUGGGAAUCAAGAAAACCACUAUUACAACACUCAACGAUUUAUAUCCAAUGCUAAUCAAAGUGACGACGGCAAACGACACUCCUUCACCAACCAGAGCUUUAGAAAGGCCACAGGCCAAGAUAAAACCCCUCCGCAAGUUCCGCCUAAGCCCCAUUCACGAUCCACCAGCAAAGAGAGACUAAGAGAUCCCAAUGAUGAAGGAGAUCAUUUAGAUGCUGAGUUGAAACACAUUCUCAGAGGAAGUCACGCCAAUGGUCAAGGAGGAAAGCGAAUUAGCAUGGGAGGGACUCCACCUUUACCAGCUUUGUCUCCUGAUCCAACCCCAGAAUCGUCUCCAGAUGGUAACCAUCAAAAGCCCUCAAAAACUGGGACCAAAGAGAGCAGCAACGGCAAAGUGGCACCCACAUCCUCCAAGGUCAAUCACAAUUUCAAAGCCGCGAACAAACUCUUGAACGGACUCAGUCACAUCAAUCCGACUCGUGCGGGGUCACAGAACCACGACGAUGCUUUUUCCUCGUUCACCCAAUCUACCAUGGGGGCCUUGACCUUGGAUUUGGAGAGCGUUCUUGGUCUCCAAACUGAUAUCACAUCCGACGAUUCGACCACAAUAGACAACACAGAUGCUGCGGCUAUCCGAAAGCAAUUGGACGGCUUGGAAAGCAUGUACUCAGAAGUGCUCAAAUUGCUAGGCCUUCGAAAGUAUGGAAGAGCUCCUGGAAUGCCUAGCGGCGUGGGAGGGGGCACUUUGGGUGAUCGGGGUAGACGAAAACUCUAUGGAAGCAUGAGUUCCCUCCCAAGUGUCAGUUCAAUCGGAAGUCGACAUGUGUACAAAGAUCGUCGGCCAGGAGAGCGCGCCAAACGCUCAGCGGCAGGUGGGGCAGGAAAAGACAAAAGUGUGAACAAACGUUUCCAAAGGCUAGAAUCCCACGUGGUCACUUUGGCGCGAAGUGUGGCUCACCUGACCUCCGAGAUGCGGAACCAGCAAUUGUUGAUACAGGAAGUCGAGGCCUUGCGCUUGGAAAUGCAACAAUUGCGAGGUGGGCAUCCCCCGCCUCCUACCGCCAGACCCAACGGUUACGUUGGGGGUUAUAUGGACCCUGAAAGUUUCUUUGCGUCGCAAGGAGGUGCCAACAAAUUGAACACAGUUCAAGCCAAUCGUGUUCGCAAACUGACGAAAUUUUUCGGCGCCGAGCCUCCAUUACUGAGACUCUUUCUCAAGAAUCUUGGCUAUGAAAAGUACGCCUCGGCCUUUGAAGAUGCCAAGAUCGGCUUACUAGAGCUGCCCUAUCUCUCGGAAGAGAGAUUGGAACAGUUGGGAUUACCCAUGGGACCGAGAAUGAGAAUCAUGCAGGAAGCCAAAGUGAGCAUUGGUAAUGAUCAGAACAAUGUGAGUGUUUAUAUUCUUUAAUUACAAACAGAAUAAACCUUAGUCGGUGACAAGUGUCACUUUUGAUUGAUUCAA